UGUAUCUUUUCUAUAGUGGUGUCUACUGUUUUUGGAUUAAAAGUUACUAUUCCACAGUCCCUAUAUGAAGUUGCCAGAGGUGAAGAGGUCACCAUUACGUGCAAUUUUCAGCCUAAAAACCCAGAGAAUCGGCUUAUUAUCAUCUCCUGGACUGGUGAGCCUGAUGGGUCAUUUGACGAUGAAGGGAUUUCUUUUGGGACCUUCUAUUCAGAUAAGAACCAAGUAGACAUUGAUCCCAUGUAUGAAGGCAAAGCCCUGAUUCAAACUAAUCUGGUCGGAAAAGAGUCCAAGCUAAUCCUGAAACAAGUCACUCUGAGGGAGAGCAGGCGCAUAAAAUGCCGGGUUCAGAUUCCCGGUGAUGACGAAGGACAGACAUUAGCCACAGCAUCUCUAGCGGUACUGGUUCCGCCAUCAGAGCCUGUGUGUAUGAUUAAAGGCAAGGCAGAGUAUGGACAGAACAUCAGCCUGACCUGCAUCUCCGAAGAAGGAUUUCCAGCUCCCACCUACAAGUGGGAAAGCUAUGAUGUCAGAAAUGUCCCAAGAUCAUUCCCACCCAAAACAACUGAAAAAGACGGAGUCCUUUCUCUGAUCAACGUGUCCAUGAGCACAUCGGGUUACUACAUAUGUACUUCGGCCAAUAAGAUUCGCUUUGCCAAAUGCAACCUCACCUUAUCAGUAAUACCUUCUAGAAUGAACAUUGGCGCUACAGUGGGCGUCAUCGGAGGCUGUGUUGCUGGAGUUGCAGUUCUUGUGCUUAUCAUUUACUGCUGCUGCAAAAACAAGGAGAAGCCGGAGGAGUUUGAAAUGGAACCCCCAGUGGUCGAGUACCAUGACCUACUAGAAAAGAAAAAAGAAGAGGAUCCUAGAGACCUGAGGAGGAUUAGUAUUGAGGGGAGUAUUGACCAGAGAGAGAAGUACGAGAUGAAGGCUGAAAAAGAGCCAAACCUGCAGAGGUCUGAGGACAGUGAUCGUAAUCCUAAUCGGCGUUUAGAUUAUGAUGACCGCCGGGAAAGACCUGCUCACCGUCGAGAAGGUGACCGCGGUGAGAGGUUUGAUGAUCACAGGGACAACUAUAAUAGCGAUCGGAAGGAUAACUACAGAGAUCACUACAAUGACCGCCAGGAUCGCUAUGACGAUCGCAGAGACCGUUACGAUGACCGCUAUGACGAUCGCAGAGAUCGUUAUGAUGACCGACAGUAUCACUAUGGUGACAGGAGAGAUCGCUACGAUGACCACAGAGAACAAUCCAAUGACCGAAGAGAUCGUGAUGAUGAUAUUCAGGAUCGCUAUGAUGACCGCAGAGAUCGUGACGAUCCCCGUCGCAAUCGUUAUGAUGACCGCCAAGAUUACAGUCACUACAGCGAUCGCAAUGACCGCAGAAAUUCAAGUGGGGACCUAUAAAGGAUUUGCUUCAUGUUGCUCAAGUUGUUCUUCACUGGAUUAACAUCUGGACUCACUGAUCUUGAGUUUUUUAGUAGACUGAAACAAGGUAUCUUGCAGUACCUCCCUGUAUUUUGCAUGAUCGUGAUGCUGCCACCUCAUGCAAUGUUUGUUGAGGAAUAGGCAGUGUUAGUUGUCACACCCAAGUUUCUAAGUUUUGAAUUUUGAAUGAA